AUGGGCAACAACCCUUCCAAAGGCGGCGAUGCGCCAUCGGGCCAUGUCCCCAAUGCCUCGGGAGAUCGAAAGGUCGUUCGCCGAACAUCCCUCAAUGCGAUUCCGACACACAAGGCUACUGUAGCCGACCCUUCCGCCUCAAGGGAGACAGCUGCGGGCCACUCGGCAGGUUACCAAGGCUCCGUUCAACACCGGCUAAAGUCACGAAACACCCCCGAUCAUACCGCAAGAACCGCCGGAAAGUCAGAAAAAUACGAUGCAAAGAGUCCUGAAUAUACCCAAAGGAAGAAUAUCCCCGCGCCGGAUCUUUCCAACCCGGUGCAAGUCCCAGUUGCGCGCCAUGCCGCGGGACGCGAUCCAAUGGACCCCUCGGCCCCGCCCAUGAGUUCCUACUAUAAUGCAUCGCAACAUCUUCAACGGCCUCCACGAUUGCCAUUACCUAUCGCCGAUGGCACCGCCACGCCAGGGUCCCCCAUUAUGGGGCCCGAAGAUUCGCAUAUACAAUCGAUGCCAGCGGACCGACUUCUCGACGAACAAAUGAACCCAGAGACCUCCCAUAUUAGCAGUGAGGCCAUGGACGGCGGGGAGGUCUUAGAUGAACUCGAACCAUUUACCACGAGUGGCGUUGGAAAGGCUGUGCCUACAGUCAUAGAAUGGUCUGCACCUGGUCAAAAAGUCUAUGUCACUGGAACCUUCGUCAACUGGGAGAAGAAAUUCCGACUACACCGAGGCGAACACGAUGGCGCGGUUAUGUCGACCACAUUGAAUCUCCGCCCCGGAACCCACCACUUGAAAUUCAUUGUUGACGGAGAAAUGCGAGCAUCCGAUACUCUUCCAACUGCAGUGGAUUUCACCAACCACCUCGUGAAUUAUGUUGAAAUCAGCGCCGACGAUGCCCGUAGAGACAACGACACCCCGGCGGGUGUAAACGACUCGCAGAGUAUAGCGGAUAAUUCUCGGGAUGGAAAAUCUGAGGAGACAACCGAUGACCCUCCGAAAAAAGAAGAAGCUGAGGAAGAGGUCCCACCCGGCGAUUUCGGCGGUGCCAUCCCCCAGUUCCUCGCAGACCUAGAUAAAGAAGAAGACAGCCCGGCAUAUCUUCAAGCUGCGAAUGUCAUUGGGGACACUGCGACACCUCCAAGUCUACCUUUGUUCCUUGGCAAAUCCAUUCUCAACAGCAAUACUCCCACCAAAGAUGAUAGCAGUGUUCUAAAUUACCCUAACCACACUGUCUUAAACCAUCUUGCCACCAGCAGUAUCAAAAAUGGUGUGCUCGCCACGAGUGUGACGACCAGAUACAAGCGAAAGUACGUCACGACCAUCCUGUACAAACCAACCGGUGAUCUGGAAUGA